AUGGCUGGAGAAGACGUGCAGAUCUCACCAAACUCCACCCUUCCACAACGCAGAAGUCAACUGCUGUGUCGAGAGUAUCUUUUUCCAUCUUGUUGA